AUGGUGAUGGCAGAAUCAACGGACAAGGCUGCCUACCUGACAUCAACGAUGAUGAAAAUGACAGGCGCUUGUCUUGGCAUCUUCUUUUUGCUUGCUUGUGGUUGUUUGCUAUAUUGCACAAUAAGAAAAAGGAGAAUUAUCCUACUGAAAGAGCAAAAUUUUCAAAAGAACGGUGGUUUAUUGCUAGAUCAAAUUGCUUCACGUAGAGGUGUUCCAGCCGAGAUAUUUAAAGAAGAAUACCUGAAAAGAGCAACCGAAAAUUUUGAUGAGAAUCAUGUUAUUGGCGAAGGAGGUUUUGGUAUGGUUUACAGAGGAGUUUUACAUGAUAAUAGAGUAGUUGCUAUUAAGAAACCUAAGAUAAUGGAUCAGAGUCAAAUUUCACAAUUUGUAAAUGAAAUUCAUAUCCUUCUCCAAAUCAGUCAUCCAAAUGUAGUGAAGCUCUUGGGUUGCUGCUUAGAGACGGAGGUACCUUUGCUGGUCUAUGAAUUUAUCUCCAAUGGAACACUUUUUCAACACAUACAUCGUGAGCAAAAUAGACCAUUCAUUUCUUGGGAAAACCGCCUGAGAAUUGCUACAGAGACGGCUGGAGCACUGGCACAUUUGCAUUCACAUUCUAUACCAGUUCUUCACAGAGAUAUGAAGUCUGCCAACAUACUGUUAGACAAUAAUCACAUUGCAAAAGUAUCUGAUUUUGGAGCCUCAAGGUUCGUUCCUUCGGAUCAAACUCAAAUGACUGCACUGGUUCAAGGGACUUUUGGAUAUUUGGACCCCGAAUGUCUCCAUACAGGUCAGUUGACAGAUAAAAGUGAUGUUUAUAGUUUUGGUAUUGUUCUUGUGGAGCUGUUAACUGGAGAAAAACCUCUUUCAUUAGAUAGGCCUGAGGUUCAUAAAAGUUUGGCUAUGUAUUUCAUUUCCUCCUUGAGAGAAAAUCGUCUCUUCCAAAUUCUUGAGAAUGGAAUUGUGAAUGAGACAAACAAUGCCCAGGUGAGGGCAGUUGCUGAGCUUGCUAGGAAAUGCCUAAAGGUGAAAGGAGAAGACAGGCCCACAAUGAAGGAAGUGGAAGAUGAGCUCAUACGAUUGGGAAACUUUCAAGAGCUUCCAAGAGUAGUGCAACAAAACUAUGAGGAGACAGAGCCUUUGCUUGAUGAGACAUCAAACUAUUCUAUUUGACUAUAUAAAUUGUCACGAAAGUUUCGGCAAUGCCUUCAUAAGAGCAUUGGAAAUUGCACGCUAAUCCUUUAGUAUGCCAACUUCUAUAAUGUG